UUGUUGGGGAGCGAGAGGGUGAAAACACCGGUGCGGUAUGCGGGAAAAAUUUUGUCGGUAGUCGGUUACACAUACAACUGGGUCAUUCCUUCCCGAGCUUCCCACUUCGUCGGACGGAAUAAUAAGUUACCGUGGUAGUAAUUUUUACUUUCAAUCGAAUCAUUCCAUCAUAAAUAAAUCUAAAUUUCUGGGUACAAAUUUCGAAAAAAAUUUCUGUGAAAAUGUCAACCACGCAAAAGUACUCGUCGUCCCCGUACUCGAACAACAGCAACUGCAGCAACAUACUCCAACCCAAACGUCUCAAUGGAGUUUCCACUGCGACUGGAGAAACUGGGGGGCUUAUCGUCCCGAGAAGAAUCUUGGGACAGAAAGGACAACUCCCCGUGAGCCAACUGAGCAACCAGCAACUGACCACGUUGCUCAAGAACAGUCCUCUCCUUCCUCCUCUGGAGGGAUUCAAUAGUGGAACUACCGGUGGGGAAAGUGGUGGUGGUCACAUCAGCCACUCAACCGCACCCAAACGAGCCCCCACCACCAUGGCCAAGCGGAAUGCUCGAGAGAGAAAUCGAGUGAAACAGGUGAACCAAGGCUUUCAAACGCUCCGUCAACACAUUCCAGAAAGCUACCGGAUGAAAAAGAUGUCCAAAGUUGAUACUCUUCGCUGUGCUUUGGAUUACAUUCGAAAUAUGAAGCGAGUUCUGCAAGAUGACGAAUUCAACGAUGUGGGGUCGUCCACCAUGAUGCUGCCUUUGCGAUCGGGGGACUCUGUUUCCCCAUCGUCCACAUCCAUCAGUUUCUCCUCGGAGGAUGACGACUAUUUGGUGGCCGCAUUCUCGGGUGACUUUACGUCGACGAGCCAUGCCAGCUCUCCGCUCGGUGAUCAGACCGAACUGCAAAACAAAAGCGACCUUUUUGGAUCAUCGAGACUUGUUCUUUCGUCGUCUUCUUCUUCUCCUCCGACGGGUUACAAUGAUGAAAACAAUGAUGAAAAUCUGCAUCUUGACGUGAAAUUGGAGCAAGACCAGGAAAGAGCGCAUUGCUACGAGCAGCAGGGAAUUUGUGUCUCAAAUCCUCUUAUCGUUAUGGUAGGACAAGAUCCAACAGCAGAUCUGGAUGAGACGGACAACCGAGUAUGAAAAAGGUGGAGAUGGAAUAUAUACAUAUCUAUUUAGUACAGUGAACCAGUAGUUUGUAGAAGAAUGGGUUGGUUGAGACGACGCGAGUCCAAAUCAGUAUCUGCUCUCAGUUUUCCCUAAGGUAUUAUUCUUUUAGGACUAAUCUUCUGCAGGGUUUAAGCCACAUUAUUAUCAAUACAUAUCUAAACAUAAUAAUUAUUAGCAUAAUAUAGUUAGAUAAGUGUAUUUUAAUUAACGACUUUUGCACCUUUCUCACUCUAAAUCUAGUCGCACACUAAAUUCAUGCAAUUUCCCAAUGCCAAACAUACACUGCAAUUUUCAGAACCGAGUAUUGAAUAAUUUAUUAGGUACAAGCACAUUUAUUUAUAAUGCAUAGUUCAACUAGUCAGAAAAACUUGCACAGCACUGAAAUUUCUAGGGUAUUGUAAUGACACAAAUGCAAAUUAAGUUACCACUUUCGUCUAAACUAUGUAGUAAUGAUUUUCAAAUAUUUGCAUUGCACUAAUUUGGCUUUAUCACCCACUUAAACCCGCACUUGGAGGGGAGGAGGAGGACGGCACGUUAAACAUAUUCUUACGCAGCAGCAGCCACGAGAACAAAUAUAACAAACAGGGUUUAAAUAAAGCUGAAACGCUUAUUCUGUAAAUAGCAGCAGCCAACAAACACCAAGUGUAAACUAGCACCAAUUAUUGUGAAUGUAUGCGUAUUCAUGCAAUUAAGAUAUCGAGCGAGGGCCAACACGAUAACGGCACGAUUAUCUCUAGAGAUUUUAACUUGAAAAUAUUUACACACAAUUACACAGAGUCUAAUUUGUAGCUAAAUUCUCACAAUUAUGUAUUCCUCUCCUGUCAGGAUUUUGUGUUAGUUUUACGUUUUGAUAUUAAUUUGUACCUGUGACCUAACCUGGACUUUAGUACAAGUACGUGGUGAGUUGUUAGAAUAAAUAGUAAUACAGUCGUGGCGAAUGCCUAAAAUAAAGUGUAAUUAGUAUGUUGUACUUAAUUUUAGCCGUAUGUAUGUCUUAGUAGCACCAGUUCUACAUAGCAGUAGUAGAAUAGCUAAUUUUUGUUGUCAUGAUAUCACAUCAUCAUUAUCAUCAUAGUAAAAAUAAACUCAAA